AUGAGUUCAAGUUCUGAUAUCAUAGAAGAAGCACUAACUCAAUCGCAGGUUGUUUCUAAGGAAACUGUAACCGAUGCCUCCACAUGCAAAUGGAUUGGUUUAACAAAAAUCAAGUAUAAAGACCCUAAUAACGUCAUAAGGGAAUGGGAAAUGGCGGUGCGUAAAUCUACCGCAUCGAUUGGAAUAGAUGGUGUAGCAAUUAUUGCAAUUGUGAUUCAUCCAGACCGCGCUCCCCGCCUUCUUCUUGUAAAACAGUUUAGACCACCUCUUGAAGGCCUAUGUAUAGAAUUACCAGCUGGCUUGAUAGAUGAGGGAGAAACAGCCGAGGAGGCAGCUAUGAGAGAAUUGAAAGAGGAAACUGGAUAUAGGGGUACUGUGAAAUCUGUUGGCAAGACAAUAUAUGCAGACCCUGGAUUUACCAAUACGAAUUUAGUAACAGUUACCGUGGAAAUUGAUGAGACCUUGCCGGAGAAUCAGCAUCCGAAGCAGCAUUUGGAGGAGAGUGAAUUUAUCGAGUGCUUAUUCGCUCCCCUUAACGGCUUGGCUGCAGAAUUGAGUAGUUUAGAAAAAGGGGGCUGCAAAAUAGAUGCUAGGUUGUCCAGUAUUGCUGAAGGGUUUGAAUUAGCUAGAUCAUACUUCUAG